AAAGGCUUGACACAGAUGUCAGAAACAGUAUGGUUGUUUUCCAAGCAUAAAAAAUGGUGGAUACAAAUUUGGGGUGAAUGGCAAUGAUAUGGCUUGGAUAGAUGAAAUGGUGGAGAAGACAUGGAAGAAGCCUUUUUGACAUAUCCCCAUUUAUCUGGAGGACCUCCUGACUUUACUCCCUGGCUCAAAAUGCCAGAACUCAACCAAUCUUACAAUGGCAGCUACUUAAACAACACCUGGCUAGAAACAGAAGCAACAAAGUGCUGGCUGGCGCUACUCACGCUUAUGGUUAUAAUUCCUACAAUAGGUGGCAACAUCCUGGUAAUCUUGGCAAUAUCACUGGAGAAGAAACUACAAAAUGCCACUAACUACUUUCUUAUGUCGUUGGCUGUGGCAGACCUGCUGGUUGGGAUAUUUGUGAUGCCCAUCGCACUGCUCACCAUUAUGUUCAAACCUGGCUGGCCUCUGCCGCAGUGCCUGUGUGCCAUUUGGCUAUUUCUGGACGUCCUGUUUUCCACUGCAUCAAUCAUACACCUGUGUGCCAUAUCUUUGGACCGGUAUAUCGCCAUUAAAAAACCUAUCCAAGCCAGUCAAUUCAACACAAGAGCAAAAACGCUUGUAAAAAUUGCAGUGGUGUGGUUGAUAUCAGCAGGCAUUGCUGUCCCCAUCCCAAUCAGAGGUCUACUCGAACCCGAAACCAUCUUUGACACAAACAACACAUGCCUGGUUCGGACUGAGCACUUCAAGUACUUCAUUAUUUAUGGAUCCAUGGCUGCAUUUUUUGUCCCAUUUGCAAUUAUGGUGGUCAUUUACUUCCUGACCAUUCACUUACUGAGAAAAAAAGCAUACCUAAUCAAGAACAAGCCACCUCAACGGCUAACCUGGUCCACAGUGUCUACGGUCUUUCAGAGAGAGAUGACUCCCAGUUCUUCUCCUGAGAAGGUUGCAAUGUUAGACGGUCAAAGACGUGAUCGGGCUUUCCAGAUUAACAGUGAUGAAUUACCCAUUCGGAGGCUAUCUAGUGUGGGAAAGAAAUCCAUGCAGACCAUUACCAAUGAGCAAAGAGCUUCUAAGGUUUUGGGCAUAGUCUUUUUCUUGUUUGUUUUUAUGUGGUGUCCUUUUUUCAUUACCAAUGUGGCCUCAGUCCUCUGUGACCCAAACGACUGUGACCCCGAUGUAAUCAAGAUGCUAAUGGAGAUAUUUGUCUGGAUUGGGUAUAUUUCUUCAGGGGUCAACCCAUUGGUCUACACGCUUUUUAACAAGACUUUCAGAGAUGCCUUUGGACGCUACAUCACUUGUAAUUUCCAGGGUAUGCACUCAGUAAGAAUCCUACGAAACUGCUCUAGUCGCAUAUCAUUCCGGACCUCUGUGGCAGAAAAUUCAAAGCUCAUCAUGAAACAUGGAAUGAAAAACGGAAUAAACCCAGUCAUGUAUCAAAGUCCACUAAGAUUACGUAACUCGCAGCUCGAGUCAUCUGCCAUUUUGCUUGACACCUUAUUACUUACUGAAAAUGAAGCUGGAAAGACUGAGGAGCAAGUGAGCUAUGUGUAA